AUGCCGACUUUACUUGGAAGAAACCCCUUCCACCACCCAAAGGGCCAGCACCCGCCGCCCAGUUUGGGGUCGCAGGCCGAUAAUGUGCGGAGCAGCCGUUCGUUUCUCGGGUUCAUGAACCACACGAGUAGUCGCGAGUCCACCGGGAGCGAGACGUUCCGCGAGCCCAGUGACAUUCCGAAGCGUUCCGGCGGCUCCAUGAACGAGCUGAAGCGGUUUUUUCGCCCCGCGAUCUUACACCGCAAACACUCGCAGUCGAGCCUGCGAAACGGGUCGCCAGAGCACCACUCCCACACGCAGUCUGCCAUUCCCCCGUCGUCCGAUUCUUCGCUUUCGCUGUCGAACCGUGUCAACAUUUAUCACGAUGAUGCCAUUUUAGCUCAAAAAUACGGGAAACUUGGAAAGGUGCUUGGGUCUGGUGCCGGCGGAUCCGUUCGCGUUAUUGUUCGUCCCAGUGAUGGCGCCACCUUCGCUGUGAAAGAGUUUCGUCCCCGGAGGCCCACGGAGCUAGUUAAAGACUAUGCCAAAAAGUGCACUGCUGAGUUUUGCAUAGGGUCCACGUUGCACCACCCUAACGUGAUAGAAACACUGGAUAUUUUCAGCGACGCCAAACAGAACAAGUAUUACGAAGUCAUGGAGUAUUGCCCGAUCGAUUUUUUUGCGGUGGUAAUGUCAGGAAACAUGAGCCGCGGUGAGAUUAAUUGUUGCCUUCGCCAGUUAACGGAGGGUGUUAAAUAUUUGCACAGCAUGGGCCUUGCGCAUCGAGAUUUGAAAUUGGAUAAUUGCGUGAUGACCUGUGAUGGGAUUUUGAAGCUAAUUGACUUCGGCAGUGCCGUCGUUUUCAAGUACCCUUUUGACGCCAAUGUCAGCAUGGCACAUGGAAUAGUUGGUAGUGACCCCUAUUUGGCUCCGGAAGUUAUGACGUCUACCAAAAGAUACGACCCUCAAUUUGUCGACAUUUGGUCCAUUGGCAUCAUAUACUGUUGCAUGAUGCUAAAACGUUUUCCUUGGAAAACUCCAAAAGAAACUGACGACAAUUUCAGAUUGUUUUGCCUCCCUGAUGAUGUUGAGCACGAUUAUGUUAAGUCUGCGCAUGAGCAUGAAACGCUCAUGAGGCAAAGACGCCAAGAGAAACACCGGGCGCGGAAAUUGAAAGAGGAAAGGGUCUUGGCUGAGAAAUCUGAGCCAAGCCCGGUACCGAACCACGGACAUGGGAGCGAAGCUGCUGAAACGCAGGCUGCUAAAGGCGCCAGCGCGGCCCCUGAUAAUGCUUCCCAGGGCGCAUCAGCGUCGGCCCAAAAAGACACUUCCCCUGAGGCCGCCCCGGAAAAGAAAAACACUAAGAAUGAAGUAGUUGCAGAAACAAAUGAGAAGCCACAAAGCCCUCAGCAGCAUGCGUCCGAUCCACAAGCUCCUAAUGAGAAAGAUGCUUCCAAUACAGAGGCGCCUCAAGAAAAACCAGCUUGUGAUCACAAGAGCGGAUCGCGUCACCAUGGAAAAGGCAGGAAGGUGAUGCAUGGGCCUUAUCGUUUAUUGCGUCUGCUGCCACACGCUUCAAGGCCAAUUAUGUCUCGUAUUCUAACAGUGGACCCUAAAGAAAGAGCCACUAUGGAAGACAUGUAUAACGAUGAAUGGUUCGCCAACAUCCCAUUCUGCACCAGGGAUGCUAAAAAGGGUACCAUCAGGGCCCCAGGUCACACACACACAAUUGUGUGCGAAGAGGAUGCUCACCUUGAGAGUUAUAAAGUCUAG